AUGCCUGCGCGCGGUUCUCCACAUCCAGCGGCCGCGCCCAUAGCCCCGCCAACGCAGCCGACGCUCCACGGCUCGCCCACACGCGUGUACCUGAACCAACACGUCACACCAUACUUGCUGGAAGGGAUGAAGAGGCUUGCAAUUGAAGAGCCGGAGAAGCCGCUGCGGUGGCUGGCGGAGUUUUUGGCGGCGAGAAGUCGAGAGGUGGAAGGCGCAUGA